CUAUCGAGUGUAUUGUCUGCUUGGAGAUGGAGAAUUAUCUGAAGGCUCUGUUUGGGAGGCAAUGGCCUUUGCUGGGUUUUACAAGCUUGAUAAUCUCGUUGCUAUAUUUGAUAUUAACCGUCUUGGACAAAGUGACCCUGCCCCUCUGCAGCAUCACGUUGAAAUUUACCAGAAACGCUGUGAAGCCUUUGGCUGGCAUGCUAUCAUCGUUGAUGGACACAGUGUGGAGGAACUUUGCAAAGCCUUUGGCCAGGCCAAACAUCAGCCAACAGCUAUCAUUGCAAAGACUUUUAAAGGCAAAGGCAUAUCAGGCGUUGAAGAUAAGGAAAACUGGCAUGGAAAGCCCCUUCCAAAAAACAUGGCUGAACAAGUCAUUCAGGAAAUAGAUGACAAAAUCCAGAAUAAGAAAAAGCUUUCUCCAGCCCUCCCAGAAGAAGAUGCACCUGUAAUAAAUAUUAGAAACAUUAAGAUGCCAUCUCCACCAACUUACAAAGUGGGAGAAAAGUGGGCUACCCGCAAAGCUUAUGGUGUUGCACUUGCAAAACUGGGCCAUGCUAAUGAUCGAGUGAUUGCGUUGGAUGGAGACACAAAGAACUCCACAUUCUCAGAGCUUUUUAAGAAAGAACAUCCCAGUCGCUACAUUGAAUGCUACAUUGCUGAACAGAACAUGGUGAGCAUUGCGGUUGGUUGUGCCACUCGUGACAGAACUGUUGCUUUUGCCAGCACCUUUGCUACCUUCUUCACACGGGCGUUUGACCAGAUCCGUAUGGCUGCCAUCUCUGAGAGUAACAUCAAUCUCUGUGGGUCGCACUGCGGUGUUUCUAUUGGUGAGGAUGGGCCAUCUCAGAUGGGACUGGAGGAUCUGUGCAUGUUCCGGGCUGUUCCCACUGCCACUGUGUUUUACCCUAGCGAUGCUGUAGCUACUGAAAAAGCAGUGGAAAUAGCUGCCAACACCAAGGGCAUUUGUUUCAUAAGAACUAGUCGUCCUGAAAAUCCUGUCAUUUACAACAACAAUGAGGACUUCCACAUUGGACAGGCAAAGGUGGUUCUGAAAAGUAAGGAUGACCAAGUGACUGUGAUUGGAGCAGGAGUCACUCUGCAUGAGGCUCUGGCUGCAGCAGAGCAGCUGAGAAAAGAAAAAAUCUUCAUCCGUGUGAUUGAUCCCUUCACUAUAAAGCCCCUGGAUAAGAAGACAAUACUUGAAAAUGCAAGAGCAACCAAGGGCAGAAUCAUCACUGUUGAGGACCAUUACCAUGAAGGUGGCAUUGGAGAAGCAGUGUGUGCUGCAGUAGUGGGUGAGCCUGGUAUCACAGUCAAUCGCUUGGCUGUAUCUCAUGUACCACGCAGCGGGAAGUCAGCUGAGCUCCUGAAGAUGUUUGGCAUUGAUAAAGAUGCCAUUGUGCAAGCCGUUAAGGUGGCAGUAUCCAAAUCAAGAAAUGCGGAGUAGGUUGAAGCAUCUUGUGCUGUUACAGAAACGCAGUGUUCAGAGAAGUACUGUAAGUUUAAGGCAGGCAAAGGUGCUUUAUGUAGAGAGUUCUAAUAAAAAUACCAGCU